AUGUUUGGGAAUCGAAAAUUCUACGCCAUUGCGCUAUGCCUCCAGGCUUCCGUGCUCGUUACAGCGCAGGACUACUCGGAGAAAGUUUGGGGAGUCUUUGCAUAUACCAUUCACGGGGAGAGCAUUCCCAAUGCCCUAGCGGUAUCUCCUGGUGCCAAGGUCCUGACUGAAUUUGGCGCCAACCAGCUCCAAGCUGCUGGAUCAACCUUCCGGGACCGCUAUGUGCCAACUACAGACUCGAACGACAGUGCGAAUGCCAUUCAAUACCUAACUCCGGGUAUUCUCAUUGCGAGAGACGUGGGUGUGUUUUCAGCCACCGACCAAUACAUCUUUGCGUCUGCGCAGGCUUUCAUGCAGGGCCUAUACCCACCACUCGGCCAGUCGGAUACGACCGACUCAGACUUGACUGACUCGAAUUUGACCGGCAAUGCAACAAUUGAUACGGCUCCGCUGGAUGGAUAUCAAUAUGCUCGAAUCGUGACACUAGGAGAAGCGGAUCCUACUUCUAUUAUUGUGCAGGGAUCUGCCACUUGUGACAUGCAUCAAGCAGCUGAAGAGGAGUACAAGAACAGCAGUGAUGCUUAUAGAAUCACGCGGGAGUCGUCGGAUUUCUAUCUUGAUCUUCUUCAUGGGGUGCUUGAUGGGGUCUACGAUGCGGCUUCGGCGACGUACCGGAAUGCCGUUGAUGUUUCGGAAUAUAUGGACUAUGAAUCUGUGCAUAACAGCACGUUCAUGUCGACCGUCGGUGACGGUGAUCUAAGUCGAGCUCGGUGGUUAGCAGAUCAGUAUACAUAUGCAACAAAUGGGCAAGACUCCACGGCCACCAGCAGUUUCUCAACGAUUGGAGCCGUGAACCCUAUUGCCGGUCAAACGUUGGCGUCCGGUCUUUUGAAUGCGUUCAACAUGAAUAUUGAGCACUUUGGCUCCCAUCAGCAGAUGACCCUGCUUUUCGGAAAUGACGCACCUGCUGUCGCUCUGGCUUCUUUGAUAGGGCUGGCGUCAGAGCAACAGCCCAACUUCUACUCUCGCCCCGUUCAAGGUGCAUCUCUGGUCUUUGAGCUAUACAGCUUCGGGACAGGCGACGAAUCCCCCUCAUUUCCAGGAAAAGACAACCUGUACGUGCGAUUCUUUUUGCACAACGGGACCGAUUCAAAUACCACCGACUUUGAACCGUUCUCGCUCUUCGGGUACGGGCCGAGCCACCAGUACGUCUCAUAUACCGACUUCCAGUCUGAGCUGGAGACUUUUGCAGUAUCGUCGACUCAGGAGUGGUGCACGCGGUGCAAUGCGCAGUCCGUCUUCUGCAAUGGUGUUCUCAACGACAACAAAUCUGCUCCAAAGAAACAGAUGAAGCCGGCCGUGGCUGGCGUUAUUGGGGCCGUUGUCACGCUGGUCGUCAUUGGUCUCCUGGCGGCGAUUGGCUUCUUGAUCUGUGGUUGCCGUAAGCGCAAGACAAUUCACAAAUCAAGCAUUGGUGGCUUCAAGGGGACUGGCAAACUCGCUAGUGAUACAGACGUCACUUUCCGUAACCCUAUUUGGGGUGCCUCCAAGGCCGGAGAUGCUGAAGAGUCAGAAGGAAUCACGGCGGAUGGAGUGGUUGUCUCCGGCCACGAGCGACUGGGUAGUUGGGAAAUGGGCCAGGGCCAGCAAAAGAAGGAACUUGAUCAAGCAGAGUCGCCAGACAUCACGACUAAUCGCGUUCCCAUGUCGGUGGCAUGGGAUGACAUGGAAGAAGAGUGGAGGCUUCAUAGUGGACUUCAGCCCGUCAAGGUUCGCGAGAGUGUCUGA